AUGGAAAAUGAAACCAACUUAAAAAUUUCCACGUCCAACGCACAGAGAUCUAAAAAUAGCAUAAAAACUUCUCCACCAGUUGUCGAAAGAUGGGCCUACAAAAGCGAAACCAAGCCGCAAACAGCUGAUCCUAAAGCGAAACAAAUAUCAAAACACUGGAAAAACCCAAAACGCAGUGUAAAAGAUUUCGAAACUGUCUCAGAGAUUUACUCAAGCACACUUUCGCUUUCGCAUUAUUUAGCUGAAGUUUCUUCCGAUGAAGAUAAUGGCGAUGUUGAAAAGGGUGAAGAUAGUGUUAAGAAUGACGAUGAUGAUGUCAUUAUUUUUGCAGACGAUUACUAUGAUGACGAUGAUGACCUCAAAGAAAAGUUAAAUAACGACGAUGAAAGAAAUAAUGAAAGAAACGUACAUCGAUCCACCGAAAAGGAUAAUAAAACUGAUGCUGUUGAUGAUGAGGAAGAAGAUAAUGACGACGACGAUGAUGAUGACAUUAAAAUUAGCAACAAUAAGGACAGAACUGGUGAUGAGAAAAUUUUAUUGGAUGAUGAUAACAAUGAAGACGACAACAAAACGAAUCAGGAAGAAAAUAAAGAUGACGAUAGCGAUAAGGAUGAAUAUCACUCAGUGAGCGGUUACAACGGCAAUGAUCUUGAAGAUUGUAUCUCAGACAACGAAGAUUAUAGCUCAGGCAACAAAACGACCAACAACGAAAUCAUAUUUUACGCUAACACUGAUAAAUCACAAAAAUUCUCUAAGAAGAACAACGAUAAUUAUAACAACAUCAGCAGUAAAAACAUCGUUUAUGAAAAGAUUAGUGAUGAACAGUUCGAUUUGUACAGCGUUAGCCAGCUGCCAAAUGUUACAUCGAAAGAUGAGAACAACUACAACAUUUAUGAUAGUAAAAAUGGCAACAACAAAAUUGUGCAUUCUUCCAACAGCCACAACAACAAUAACAACAACAACAAUAACAACAACAACAACAACAUUAUUUCUAACAAUGACAACAUCAGUAGUAACAACAACAACAACACUUUGAAUAAUAACAUCGAAGCACUCAAUACCAACAACAUCAACAUUCAAUCGUGUGCUGAUUUGGUGAACAACUUUUUCAACUGCACCAACAACAGCAUCAACCAGCGCUUCGAAUCAGCUUUCAGUACCAACAACAACAACAACCACAACAACAACAUCCUCAACAACAACAACCACAACAACAUCCUCAACAACAUCCAAAACAACAACAACAACAAUUACAACAACAACCACAACAACAACCACAACAACAUCCACAACCACAACAACCAAAACAACAUCCACAACAACAACAACAUCCACAACAAACUCGAUAAGUUGUUCGCCGCAACGGACAACAACAGCACCACAGUCGACAACAAAAACGUGCCCAACAACAAAGUAGACGACAGCAUAAUAAUACUGCAACAGAGUUACGAAGAAUACCAAAGAAAAAAGUGCGAUGCUAUCUUCUCAGCGACAAAUCCUGAACAACAAAAUCAAAAUGACGUCCCAACGGCAACAAACACAACAACAAAUACAACAACAACAACAAACUGUUUUUCAUGUUGCAAUUGUUUUGUUCCGAGUUUUAGAAGAAUUUCAAAGUUGAUCGUCAUGAACAAGAUUUUGCACAACAAGUCUCGUGUUUCUAGUUUGAAAACAAACUUCCAAUCAGAUUCAAAUUUGAAUGGGGAUGAAAAUGUUGAUAGCAACAGCUAUCAGGACAACAACAACAACCACAACAACAACAACCACAACGGUGGUAAAAGGUCAUCAUCGUCGUCAUCUGCUCCGUUUAUUUUUACGACUUCACUCACAACAACAAAUCAACUCAAAAAAUAUUACUACACCAACGAAAACAACAACGAAGCAGCUGGAAGUAUUGACAAGAACGCGACUUCACUUGCUGGCGAUUUGUAUGAUAAUGUUGUAGAUAUAUGUAAUGCAGCAUCUUCAAACACAUCGCAAAAACAACAGCAAAAGCAGUCACCACCUCAACCACUUUUGCAGCCACUGCAUCAGCAGUGCUGGCACCUGACAGACUACCUGUGCAUCGGUGAUCGUUACUGCGCCUCGAACGGUCAACUCCUCUGCCAACUUUCCGUGACUGGUCUCGUCAUACUAUGCUGUCACGAUGACGUCAUCAUCAAAAACAACAACAACAAGUUUAAUAAUACAUUAAACAGUGACAACAAAACCGCCAACGAUAUGAACCGCGCUGAAGUCCGUGAGAGCCCUAACAACUACAACGACCAGCACAAUGGCCACGCAAACAACAGCAACAACCAUAACAUUAACAGCAACAGCAACCACAAACGAAAACAGUCGACAGGCACCCACUGGUAUGACUUCCAAAGCAACAGAAACGAGCCCAGAUCUGCAUCGCUAAACAACAACCACAGCAGCAGCACAUUGCACCCAGAAAGCCACCACAAAAACAAAAACAAACAACACAACAACAACAACAAAAAUAACGGCAACCCCACCUCUGAAAGACCAGCAACGCCAUCUGGAUAUACCCAUCCUGAAUGUGAUAUGGACCAUGCCAUCCCCAUGGUCCCCUGCGUUUGUGAUGCCUCCCAUGAUAAACACAAUAGAUCUGCUCUCAGACUCAACCUUACCGGUUUUCGUUUGUUUGUUGAUUUGUUUGUUUGA